CAUAGAUUUGAUUAAGGCAAAGCAGACUGGGUCUUCAAGUUUAUGAACUUGUUUGUGAAUUUCAAUUUUAUGUUCAUUUGAUGACUCAGUGCCAUUAGGAAUUAUUACUUGAGGACUCAUCUGAUGAUUCAAUUAAAGAUGUUGAUACUUAAGUAAGACCAUGGUGAUUCAAUUAAAGUGUCUGGUGAGAUCGUCAAGAUCUACUGACUCAAUUAAAGUGUCUGAUGAUUCAGUCAAGAUUUAAUAAUUCAAUUAAAGUGUCUGAUGAUUUCAUCAAGAUCUGAUGAUUCAAUUAAAGUGUCUGAUAAUUUAGUGAAGAUUUAAUAAUUCAAUUAAAGUGUCUGAUAAUUGCAUCAAGAUCUACUGAUUCAAUUAAAGUGUCUGAUGAUUCAGUCCAGAUUUAAUAAUUCAAUUAAAGUGUCUGAUGAUUUCAUCAAGAUCUGAUGAUUCAAUUAAAGUGUCUGAUAAUUCAGUCAAGAUUUAAUAAUUCAAUUAAAGUGUCUGAUGAUAGCAUCAAGAUCUACUGAUUCAAUUAAAGUGUCUGAUGAUUCAGUCAAGAUUUAAUAAUUCAAUUAAAGUGUCUGAUGGUUCAGUCAAGAUUUAAUAAUUCAAUUAAAGUGUCUGAUUAUAGCAUCAAGAUCUACAGAUUCAAUUAAAGUGUCUGCUAAUUCAGUCAAGAUUUAAUAAUUCAAUUAAAGUGUCUGAUGAUUUCAUCAAGAUUUGAUGAUUCAAUUAAAGUGUCUGAUAAUUCAGUCAAGAUUUAAUAAUUCAAUUAAAGUGUCUGAUGAUUCCAUCAAGAUCUAAUGUUUCACUUAAAGUAUCUGAUGUUUCAAUUCACAUCUACUGAUUCAAUUAAAGUGCCUGCUGAUUCAAUCCAGAUCUACCGAUUCAAUUAAAGUUACCUCACAAUGAAAUGAAUCCUAAUGAAAAUAACAUAGGUGUACUUAAGUAAGACCCUUCAAAUAAUUGCUCUACGUUAAAGACUAUAAAUCUUGCACACUUAAAAUUGCACUACAAGUACCAUUUCCAAGUUAACGUUACUUUAUCUCCAGACCAAUUCAAACGUCCGUCUUAGACCGUACCGUACCAUUCCCUACACGACACAUCACCACGCAAAGCUCGUUAAACCCAGCAAACACAGUUUCCUGUUAGAAGUUUCCUAAAGAAAGAACCGAAGAAACUAGGGGUCAUGCAUCGACCCCUGCAGUUGCAUCAGAUCGCCAUGGCAGAAUACCAAAAUUGUACGAACUGCAGAACGACUGACAAUACCGUUACCGUCGAAAGGCCGGGGAAUCCGUACAAUCCUGAAGGGACCUUGACAUCCUACGCGGUCGUCCACCACCAUUUUUUGACCAUACGUUCCGUGAACGACGAAUGAUCAACAGGUAACCACGACCGGUCAUUUCGAAUCUCCAAUAAGAGUCCGUACACCGAAACGCGUCCUUGUGGCGUCUUCGACCCCGGUGACGAGCAAGUGGAGGGGCAUUUCGCAGGCAACCAAGAAGAGCGUUGCAGAAGCGUGCACUUCCUGAGCAACAGUCCACCGCAGGGUCCUCCUGCGCCCGUGUAAUUGGGGUCCUGAGAAGCUACUCCCUACGGGAAGAGCAGAAUGGUGGGGGAUGCCCUAUGUAAGCCCUCGAACCGACCAGGUCCAGACCAUCCAGCAUCAGGACAUCGCGCAAGGACUCGGAGGUUCGAACGAUCCCUCAACGGUUAACGCGAGUUCAUUCGACGGUCGCAUUUAGGGUGCUUGUACCCAAGGAUUUAUCGAUGAUCAGAAGGGCAGAGGUCAACAUGAGGUUCAUCUUGAUGGUGUUGCCCGCUGUGCUCGCACUCGCUCACGCUAGAAGACGGACGACCACCGCGGCCACCGCGGAGAACAUCGAUGCCAGGGUACACCCUCGACAUCAAGAUUUAGAAAGCGUAUGGGACCUCGUGGAUCUACAAAAGCUAGACACCCGUGGCGGUAGCUGGAAAGAUCCUAAUACCAACACGAACAUAACCGGAUCAGUAGAUUCAGAAGACGUGAACACGAGACAACUUUAUCCGCUAAUUCCUGGACCUGGAGACACGAACGAGCUACCAGGUCCUAUCACUAUUGCACCGAUACCAUCCAUAACUCCACCACCUGGAUGCUACGCUCCGAGGGGACAAUUUCCAAGUCCUAAAGGCUGCGCCAAUUAUUUGAAUUGUUGGGACGAUGUGGUUACGGAGCAAACUUGUCCUGAUGGGCUGCUCUUUAAUGAUAUUACCUUGGUUUGCGACUAUGACUAUAAUGUGAACUGUGGUAGUCGACCUCUGCCUACGCCGAGGCCGCCUAUGCCGCCUGGAUCAAAACUGUGCCCCGAACCGAACGGUCGUUACAGAAGUGCGACGAACUGCUCAGAGUUCUACGUCUGCGUCUACCGAAAGCCCAUCAAAUUCGGCUGUCCUCGUGGUCUGGUCUACAAUGACUUGCUGGGUGUCUGCGACUACCCAUACAACGUCGAUUGCAAAGGUGCAGCGACUCCUGGACCCACGCUUCCGACGGUUCCUUCGCAGACGCAGUCACCUGUUCAACCUUCUUUACCUCCGCAGCCUACUUAUCCGACGUCACCACCUUAUGUUCCUUCACAGCCACCUUAUGUUCCUUCACAGCCACCCUAUGUUCCUUCACAGCCACCCUAUAUUCCUUCACAGCCACCUUACGUUCCUUCACAGCCACCCUAUAUUCCUUCACAACCACCCUACGUUCCUUCACAACCGCAGCAACCGCAGCAGCCAUCUUACGGACCCUCGCCGCCAUCUUACGGACCGUCGCCAUCUUAUCCCAACAAUCCUUGGCUGAGCAAAGCGGAGCCAGAUCCGUGGAACCAAAGACCCGUAGCCUCGCAACUGGAAAUCGACAGUCAAAAGAAAGAGUUGCUAGGAGUGCAGGAUACGCCACAGGAAAUUGAAAACGCGUGGACAUUGCUGCAAAGCAUCCCUGCGAGUCUGACUAAGGUUCCUUGUAACGACGGAGAUAUGCAUAGGUUGAAUGAUGCUUGCACGAACGUAGUGGUCUGCAGAAACGGAAGGCCGCAGCUGGUGCAGUGCGUGACUGGAUUGACGUACGACAGGCCUUCGGAUAGUUGCAAGCCCUUCUCUAUUGCCAAAUGCUAAUCAACGAGUCACUUACCGUUAGUACUUACGCUUUGUAUUAAAUUCGCUAACUAUUUUUACUUAAAUAAAGCAUCGACUUUUCC